AUGGCUUUCGGCAAGAUGACGAUGGUGGCCUUGGCGGCCCUGGUGGCCCUGGUGUCGGCUGCCUCGUAUACUCACCACCAUCUCUAUGCUCCCAUGGACCCGGAAUGCAAUCCUUGCACGCCUCAGAUUGACAAUCACACAACCAUCGAGCCUGUGCCGGGACUUCGCGCGACUGUUGAGAUCAUCGCCGAUUACGGCAGCUGCUCCCCCGCUUUCAACUCGUACCAAUGGCGCGUGUCCUGGGGUGACGGCGUUGAGAGCAUCAAGAACAUCUCCUACCUCAGCCCGGAGCAAGCCCAAUACACUUACCAAGCGCCCGGUACCUACAAUGUCUCGGUGGCCUACUGCGCCUAUCCUCAGUACUGCUGCUUGAGCUGCACCUACCUUUCCAAGGUGCUGACCAUCUCCGGUUGA